AUGGACGGCAACAACAACAACAUCAACAACAAAAGCUACCACCUCAGCAAUUACAAUCUCUCCCCAUUCUUCCUCGUCAUCACCAUUUUCACCACCAUCUCGGAAUUCCCCACUUUUAUUACGUCAUUAUCAGCGUAUGACGUCAUUCCACCACCGCCCCAUCUCAACGGCGAAUCACGUGAUCUCUCACCAGCCGACAAGUGGUGUCCGCCACAGUGCGACUGCUUCACCUUUUUCGAGACAGUCGACUGCAGUAGGCGUGGCCUAGCCUACCUCCCCAGUCAAUCACGAGCCACCCGGAAGCUAUAUUUAGAAAGUAACCAACUGGUGGAAAUUCCAGAAAACGCUUUCGCUACCGUCGAUAAACUUUCGGUUUUGAUUUUGGAGAAUAAUAAACUGGAAUUCGUGUCAAGCACCAGUUUCUGUAACUUGAAAAGUUUGCAAGAGUUGGACAUUAGCUCCAAUAAGCUGAAACUGUUUAAGAUAACAAGAGCCGAUAAUGACGAUGAUAAUGGUAAUAAUAAUGACGACAAUGAUGAUAACAACAACAACAACAACAACAACAACAAUAAUAAUAAUAAUAAUAAUAAUCAUAAUAAUAAUAACCAUAAUAAUAAUAAUAAUAAUAAUUUUUCUCCUUCCAUUUUAACCGCUACUUUUACUCCAGCGAUUUUAUCGGCCGUCUCAAUCACGAAUGCUUUUAGUGGUUCAACAAAGUCGCCAGAUGGUGAUCUCAAUGGGAUGAAAAAACCAACAACUGCAUCAAACAACAAUUCUUUCAACAACAUUAACAACAGUGACGUCAUCAUCAACAACAACAACACAGGCAGCAGCAGCAGCAACGAUGGUAGCUACUUCGGUCUCAAUGAUUCCAUAACGAGCAAAUAUCAACUGACAUAUUGGGAGACGAACACGCCGUCUCUGAAGGAGAUUAACUUGAGCCACAACCAGCUAAAACUCAUUCCUCACAGUCUCUCCGUCUUUGUCCCAAAUUUGGAAAUUUUAAACUUGGCCUACAACCAGAUCACGUCAGCCCUAUUUGACCCGUCAUAUUCACGCAUGACCAAGCUAAGAUAUUUGGAUCUAAGUCGCAACGACAUCCGCUACCUACGCGACAGCGAUUUUGAAGCUUUCGUAAAAUCGGCUAAACAAUCGUUAGAAACUAUAAACUUAAGCGAUUGUGGAAUCAUGCAUAUUGAUAAGUUGACCUUUUCUGGGUUAAGUUCAUUAACGUCAUUGACCUUAGCUCGAAGUCUGGUGAACAAGUCGUCGUUGGAAGAUGUUUUUUCUUCAUUUCCUGCUAACAACCACUUGGCCCGGUUGGAUCUUAGUGAGACCUUCCUCAGUAACUUAACCGUCAAAAUGGUCUCAAAAUUUGAUCGACUGAUCAGUUUGUUGGUUUCUUACUGCGAUUUGGAGCAAGUUCAGAGUGGUGUGUUUGCAGAACUGCCAGAAUUGGAAACUUUACAUUUAGAAGGCGGUCAACUGACUUUUUUAAAUGAUAUUCCAGCUUUGAAGAAACUGCGAAGGUUGAGUCUGCAUUUGAACCAGCUGAACGAUGUUGACUUGGCGGGGUUAACUUCAUUGGAAUACGUUGAUUUGAGUUACAAUAAAUUUUCUCUGCUCAGGCCGGGCUGGUUGGGUGGAUCGGAAGACAUGCAACAGCUGAACAUCAGCCACAACCAACUCACCUACCUCAACGCCGAAGCUUUCGUCGGUGUGUCCUCCAUCUCAAUUCUCGAUUUCUCGCACAACGCUCUCUCCGUACUAUCUCCUCUCGGCCAUUUGAAGGUUUACACGCUGGACGUUUCCCACAACAGCCUGGCAGCUGUUGACGACUCCUUCUUUGACGUCCUGCAUCGAACUCUCACAACUCUGGAUCUCAGUUUCAACGAAUUCACUCAAUUCAGAUCCGUAUUCAAGGCGUUCCAUCAGCUUCAAAAACUAAAUCUAGCCGGGAAUAAACUGGGCGGAGCGUUCAAAAGCGGAAAGCUUGGCAACUUAAUGCAGAGUUUAGAGUCGCUGCAAAUCUUAGAUCUCUCCGCAAACGACAUCAGCGUCAUCAGAGCUGAACAUCUGGCACCACUAAUACGCUUAACGACGUUAAUUUUGAGGGGAAACCAGAUCAGGGAUAUCACGGAUGUAGCCGUGGAGAGGAUCAGGGGAGUGAGGAAGCUGAUCGUAUCCGGGAAUCAGAUGCACACCGUCGAAGUUAAGACCCUGAAUAAACUGGAGUACCUGGAAGAAUUGGAGGCGGGCGACAACCCCUUCGAAUGCACCUGCGACCUCGCGUCAUUCCUCCGCUGGGCCAACACCUCCCAGACCGCGGUCCUCGCCCCCAAGGACCAAACUACCCCAGACUACCUCUGCGAUUUCCCUCCCGAAGUCUACGGCCUACCCAUCUUCGAUGCCGAUGUUGCUCGCGAUUUGGUCACCUGCCCAGUUGAGAGUAGUGGAGAGAUGGUGAAUGUUGGUGGGGGUGAGGGGGAUAAGGAUGGGGUUGUUGGCAACGAGGGUGCUGAUGGAGCUGAAGGCGUCGAUGACAAUAACAGCAACAAAAAUGACAACAACAACAACAAUAAUAACAACAACAAUGUUGAUUUCAUGCCCAUAAACAACAGCAACAACAAUAAUAAUAAUAAUAAUAAUUUCCAACAAAUACCGACAAAGUCGAGCCAGGACGGUAAAAUAAUCGUCGGUAUCUUGGCGAUUCUUUGCCUACUCGGCGGUGUAGUGUGUGUUGGCAUCACCUGUUAUGUCACACAGGUUUGCAAAAGGAUCAAAUGCCUCAAAUAUCGCUGGCAGAUCCGAUACCGAGAAAUAUCGGCGGUAGAGACAGCCGAUUACGAGCCGGGAAUGCUACAGGCCAGUGAGUUCGGUAAUAUCGCUGUCGGUAACAUCAAUACCGGUAACGUCGGGAGUCGUAAUUAUAGCAUCGCUAGUUGCCGAGAUGGUGGUAAAUGUAGCGGCGUUUGCGUCGACGCUUACGGCGACUAUUGUUGCGAUUACGUCAUCAACAACAACAUCAACAACAACAUCAACAACAACAAUAACAUUAAUAAUAACAGUAACAGCAUUAAUGACGUAAGUAGUAACAAUUUCAACAUCGACUAUAUCUGUGAACUAAACAACAAAGAAUUAUUUUCCAUAAAGAACAACAACAAUGAUAAUUACGUCAACAACAACAACUACAGUAACAACAAUGAUUAUCUCAACAACAACAACAACAUCAACAACAACAACAAUGAUUAUCUCAACAACAACAACAUCAACAUCAACAACAACAACAAUGAUUAUCUCAACAACAACAACAUCAACAACAACAACAAAAUUGACGUUUCCAUAUACGGCAGUAAAGAGCAUCUCAUCUCUAAUUAA